AAUAGACGCAGGUAGCUCCAAACAUCGCUAGUUAGCAAGCUCUCCUUCUGUACCUUCGCACCUUACCUAGCCAGCACCUUACGGCCAAGUAACAGUCUAAAUCAUGCAAGUCUACACAGAAAGAGCCGCCCGCGGCACUGAAUCCCAGUUUCAAACAGGUCAUCAAAUCCCCGUUCAACAUCAGAAGAAGCCCGGGCUACAAGAAGAGCUGGAGGACCCAAAGCCGGUUUCAACCCACAUACCGACCGAGGAAGGCGAUUAUACGACGUAUAAGGCAGCGGGGAAGCUUGCUGGGAAAAGAGCCAUCAUCACAGGUGGUGACUCUGGAAUUGGCCGUGCCAUUGCUAUAUUGUUUGCAAUGGAAGGAGCAUCUAGCUUGAUUGUCUACUUGCCAGAAGAGGAAAAAGACGCACAAGAGACAAAGAGAAGGGUCCAGGGCAUAGGACAUGACUGUCACUGCUUGGCUGUGGAUGUCCGCAAGAAGGAGAGUUGUCGAGAAGUGGUUGAUACUGCCAUGCAAUGUAUGGGUGGCAUAGACAUUUUGGUGAAUAAUGCAGGAUUUCAGAACAUGAUUGGGGAUAUUAGUGGCCUUGAAGAGGAUCAGUGGGAGCGUACAUUCGACACUAACAUCCAUCCAUUCUUCUACCUUUCCAAGUACGCGCUUCCGCACAUGAAAAGUGGCUCAACUAUAAUAAAUUGUGGGUCUGUCAACGCAUAUAUCGGUCGACCUGACCUCCUUGACUACACAGCAACCAAGGGUGCAAUCGUUGCGUUCACCAGGGGCUUGUCUAACCAACAAGUUGGAAGAGGUAUACGGGUGAAUUGUGUUUGUCCUGGCCCAAUCUGGACACCUCUGAUCCCUUCAACGAUGACUAGUUCUGCAAUGGAUGAAUUCAGUAGUGUGCCAAUGGGCCGUCCAGGGCAGCCCAGUGAAGUGGCUACUUGUUUUGUCUUCCUAGCAAGCCAAGAUAGCAGCUAUAUCUCGGGGCAAUCCUUGCAUCCCAAUGGAGGUGUUGUUGUUAAUGGGUAGCCAGGUAAGGGCUCGGCUGAAGGGGUGGCUCUCGAGACAAAGCAGGAAAAAAGACAUAUCCACCCACAUCUAUAUAAUUAAACGGGACCUUCACGACAUACAGUAGUAUGACAGAAGCAGUAAAAGAACUUUAGCUAACAAAGUAAUAGUUGUAAGUAUGGAUAGCAACUAGCCUGCCUUAUUGACCAACAGAAAUGA